AUGGCGCCGUGGAAGCGCGGCGCCGUCGGCCCCGCGGGCGGCGCGUCCGCGGCGGACGCUCCGGCGGCGCCUCCCGCGCGCGCGCGCUCGUGGCGCGCCAACGCGUGGCGUCGCGCCGGCGCGCUCGUCGUGUCCGCGAACGAACGCGACCGACCGACCGACCGCGACCGCGACGGAUCUUCCUUCGCCUCCGUCGUCCGCCGCGCGCGACGCGAGAGCAGCUCGCGCACGGCGAAGCGCCUGAAGCAUCGCACGGCGACGAAGCAGCGCGACGCGCGCGUCGCGUCCAACUCGCGCACCGUCGUCCUCAGCAGCGGAUAUAUCUACUUCCUCGUCCUCGAGUCGUCGUGGGCGUUCACGUUCGCGCUCGCCUUCUCAGGUGCGUUCUAUACACUGGUCCCCAUACUACGACCGCGUCGCCGUGGUGAACGCCGAUCCUUAAGGACUUCGCCCGGCGCAUCUUUCCGCCCACCCCACGCUUUCAAUCCCCGCCCUCGAUGCCUUUGA